AUGAAAACAGACAUGGAAUCUACCACCGCCAAUGGAAAGAACGUUGUCACGGCUGUCGGUUUCUCCAAACUCGACUUGAAGGAUGAAAAACCUCCGCCAUAUUCCUCCACUUUGGCUGCUGACGACAUCGCUGGGGACGACAAAACCGUGGACGACGCCGAGUCCGAGGUGUCUGGUGGAGAUGAAAACAAAGAACGUGGUAACUGGAGCGGAAAACUGGACUUUAUCCUGUCUUGUAUAGGAUUUGCCGUUGGAAUCGGAAACGUCUGGAGGUUUCCCUACAAGUGCUAUGAUAACGGCGGAGGCGCCUUUCUGAUACCGUACACGCUGAUGUUGGUUCUGGCUGGUUUACCCCUAUUUUUUCUUGAGCUGAGUUUUGGUCAGUUUUCGUCACUAGGGCCGAUCACUGUCUGGAAGAUCAGCCCACUUUUCAAGGGUAUCGGCUACUGUAUGGUGAUCAUUUCCAUACUGGUGGACAUCUACUACAACGUCAUCAUUGGCUGGUCAUUCUACUUUCUGUUCCGGUCCUUUACCUCUGUGUUACCAUGGUCACACUGUGAUAACGACUGGAACACCGAAAUGUGUGUGGAGAUCGGAAACCUAAAUUCCAGCAGGGUGCAGAAUAUUACUGAACGACUGUGUCAGUUAGCUCUUAAUGCCAGCCCCAAUGCUAACUGUACGCUGCCCAAGUUCUCAACACCCAGUGAAGAAUUCUGGAUACGCCACGUGUUGAACCAGACAGACGGUCUUCACGACAUCGGGUCCAUACGUUGGCAGACGUCGCUGUGUCUCGUAUUCGCUUGGCUCGUCAUCUUCCUCUGUAUGGUCAAGGGUGUAAAAUCGUCAGGAAAGGUUGUAUACGUCACGGCGACAUUCCCUUACGUGGUUCUCCUCAUCUUGCUGGUCCGUGGCUGCACGCUAGAGGGCGCUGUGGAUGGUAUUAUAUUCUACUUGACUCCAAAAUGGGAAUAUCUCCUGAGGGCCCAGACCUGGGCUGUGGCCGCCACACAGAUCUUCUACUCUCUGGGGCCGGCUUUUGGCGGAUUGAUCACCAUGGCGUCUUACAAUCGCUUCAACAACAACUGCUACAGGGACGCCCUUAUCGUCUCCUUUCUGAACAGUGCCACGAGCGUGUUCGCCGGGUUUGUUAUCUUCUCGCUGAUUGGCUUCAUGGCACGGAUGAUGAAUAAAGAUCCUUCUGAGGUGGUCGAUCAGGGUCCUGGCCUGGCGUUUAUUGUGUAUCCUGAAGGGAUAGCCCAGACAGUCUCACCUUUAUGGGCUGUUCUCUUCUUCAUCAUGCUGCUGACGCUAGGCAUCGGCAGUCAGUUUGUGAUGGUGGAGAACGUAAUCAGCGCUAUUGUGGACGAGUACCCGGUACUGAGAAUCAGGAAGACGUGGGUGACGCUGGUCACGUGUGUGGUCAUGUGUCUGCUGGGCCUCCCCAUUUGCACACAGGGGGGGAUAUACCUUUUUGUUCUGCUGGAGAACUACGCCGCGGGAUUUUCACUACUUAUCGUCGCUUUCCUCGAAUGUAUCGUUCUUACCUGGGUGUACGGUUACGAAAACUUUGCUAAUGACAUACACAUGAUGCUGGGAUUCAAACCGAAUAUCUUCUGGAGAUUCUGCUGGUGUUUCCUCACUCCCGCCAUUUUGUUGGGUAUCAUGGUAUUUUCGUACGUCCAAUACGCACCAUCCGUUUAUAACCUCUACGUGUUCCCGGCCUGGGGAGAAGCCAUGGGCUGGCUGAUGAUGUGCUGCUCUGUUAUCCUUAUCCCCACCUUUAUGGUCAUCCAGUACUGCCGAUCUGUCGGAUUUGUUCAGUCUUGCCGUAAAGUGGUGAACCACAGGAGCGACUGGGGACCGGCCUUAGAGAAAUACCGGGCGUUGGAUCCGAGGUAUAAAACGCGUCUGGAAACAGACCUCGACGUCAUAGAACGGAAAUCAACGUCAGGCGUCAGUGUUGGGGCCACAGUCAAUGACGAAGUCCGGACGAACAAUCAACGCAAAGCCGCUUGUAGCAGAACAAAUGCGGCAUAUGAGGAGGACCCUAUAUAAUGGGUAUUUAGGAUGGCCCUAUAUGAUGCGUAACACGAACCGUGACAUUAUGUAUAGAAGGGGCACUUUUGGGUAACCAGGGCUAACUACGUAUUAAUCAGAUGAACGUCUGUGAGUCGGGCAGAGUCACUGUUUACCAUGUCCAGUGACCCCUCAAAAUCUACAUCACAACGGUUAUUGUUUGGCUCUAGUAAACUCCUGCGGGGCACAGUGUAAGCCGCAUAUAUCGAGAAUGAAGAGGAUCAUUUAAUAGGACUCAUAUGCAUGUGUAUAUACCUGUACAUACACGUUGUGUGUCCACCCAAAGUGGUCCAACAAAUGGAUUUAUUCCCUUUUUCCACGGAGACUGUAAUGUGAACUGAAUGUCCAAGGCGGGAUCCCAUAAGAUGGAUGCACGUGAAUGCAUUCAAUGGAGGUAUUCACAGUGCAAAUAGUACUCGCUCUAUGGUACUGAACCAAAGGACGUCGUCAGCUGUUUGGCAACAGGGGACAACUGAUAGUGAUGCUUUGAGCGUCAGUACUUUUCAUCUGCCAUGUUGACGUACCUGUAUAGUAUAAAGAAAAUAAGAAGAACAUUCCACAAUGUCAGGUUUCACUGGGUAGUUUUCCACAUGUUGCCGAUGGAUACAGCGAACAUUAUGCUCAUCUUCUCUGAACCCAGUGUUUAACCAGAUCCUGUUAAACAUUCCCAUUUGUAGGACUUGCUCUCAUAUAGUGAAUUUUUUCUACGUAGACCAUUUCACCGGCUUUCAUUUGGUCCCUUUUGUUGUUGCCUAGAAUACAUUGUUUGAGUCAAAACUGGAGUUCAAGUCGGCCCUAAGUUUCAUUACGAACUCGUAUAAGAGGUCGAAGCACGACCGGCAUUUUAAAUUCUAGCACUACCAACUGAGCGAAAUGGUAUAAUAUCCAGUAUCUUCAUCUUUAGAGCCAUCAUGUCAUCUUGUUUUUCAUCAUGAAAUAAUCAGAUUUAUUUUUAAAAUUAACAUGUAUAUUCUUUUUUUAAUUUGAACAUUUUGUACUUAAUAAAUUUUGUUUUUUACACCACAUCAUCUAGCGGAUCUAUCUAUCAGACGCUUUCAUUGGCAUGUCCCUCUUAAUACUGAUAAAUCUCCAGGGCAAUAUUUAGCAAUACUGACUUAACAAGCACAAGUAAACUGACAGAAAAGUUUGUGUCAGCUGACACCAAAAUUCGAGAUUUCUGAAAAGUGAAUCUGAUGGUAGGCUAAACAUUCCGUUGCAUUGUUUUAAUGCGAUUGUAUGUUAAAUGUGAUGAGAGCAGGGCAUUGAGAGAAGUUCUAGAUUUAUGACGUCUAACAACUUACAACUAUCAUCACUGUUUGUUUUGUUUUUUUUUUACCUAAUUCGGCUGAUAAGCGAUGAUGCUAGGUUACGUGUAUAUUUCUACUUCCAGGCAUCUACAUGAACAGUUAGAAUGAAACACUAACUGGGUUAAUUUGACAAAUGGCCGUAUUUUACCAGUUACGUGUGAUCAAUUGCCAAGAAUCAGGAAGUCGUCAUUGCUCUGGUUAUACUCUCUG